CGAUAAACACCGAAUAUGAAAAUAUUUAUCGCGCUCCUCGGCUUCUUUUUCUUGGUGUCCGCGCAGAGGAAAGAUGAAGACUGGGACGAGGUAUUGUGGUUCCAGGCGUGCGAUUUUGUGCUGCAAUAUCACUCGCAGUGGCCGAUGCGGCGGACCGUUGUCGUGUACCACCCUCUGAAAGACAGGGAGAACUACAUGAAGGAACUGGCGAUGGAUUUCUCUAGGCGUCUUUCGAAGGUCGGUGUCUCCUCCACUUUCGUCCGAAUACCAGGCCCAAAUACGGUCGAAGUGCUGCGUUUAAAAGAGCCAAACCAACCGACCAUAUUUUGCGUUUUGAUGCUCACGCCCAAUGACGCGACCUCUGGAUUUGUUCGAGCGGCAGCUGACGCUGGCGGUACGAAAGGUGACUUGGUGUCUUGGAUGCAUCUGAGUUUCGCCGAUAAACAACGGUUUCUGACAGCUGACGUUGGUCUUCGGCCGGACACCCAGCUUGUGUCUGCCAAGUUUCAGCCGUCAGCGGUAACAAAUCUGUACCUGUGGAACGGAAUAGAUCAUAUGCAGACGAAAGCGCCGUGGGAUGGUCCAGGCAGGCCAAUCCCGUCUGACGCUGUAGAUCAACCAAACAUGGAUCUCUCUGGCCAGAAACUGAGUGUCGCCAUUUUUGACGACCCACCAUUUGUUAUCGCUCCAGCAACAUUGAACAAGAAAAUCAACGAAUCUCAGAUUUCAGGCUGGAUGGUGGACGUUUGGAAAGAUUUGCAGAGCUUUUUGAAAUUUAGCUCUACCUAUUACAAGCCAACGCGAAUCGAUUUGGCUGUAGGAGUGUUUCGACGUGCAGUGGAGGAGUUAAAGUCGGGCAGGGCCGACGUCGUUUUAUAUCCAUUCGUGGUCACGGCAGACGACAUUGACAUCGCCGAUUUCUCAAUGCCUGUCACCAACCUAAAAUACCGCUUCCUCCUGCCGCGAGUGUCCGCGACGUCAACCAUAGACCAAUUUAUUCAGCCUUUCCAUAUCCUCAUGUGGAGGGUUAUCGCAGCAGUUCUGACUCUGGCAGUAAUUUUGAUCACUGUCUCGUAUAUGUUUGGAAGGCUUUACGGCUUUGAGGAGGAGGGCACGCCAAUUUUUCAACUCAAAGAUUCCAUUAUGGUAAUCUACGGGUCUUUAUUUGCACAAGGGCCAGAUUUCGCACCGCUAUCAUACUCUGGAAGAAUGAUUAUUUGGAUGUCAUUUCUAUUUGGCGUGCUCGUCAGCCAAGCAUACUCAGCUGCCCUGAUUUCCAAACUGACCGUCGGAACCUUGGCGCCGCCUUUCACCACGCUAGACGAAAUGACAAGCUCGACCUACACUGCCAUUUACAGGCCUGACUCUGCCCCUCAGAGGCUGGUUGAAACCGCCAGAAAAGGUGCCUGGCGAGAAUUGGGCGACCGCAAACCCUACCCGCGUGUGAUGACCAAUCUGCCAGACGCGAUCAUCGAGGUUUCCAACUCGUGGACGGAGACUACUCUACUAGAGGCGAAGGAACGGAUGCUGCCGUUGAUCAACCUACCGCCGUUCAACUGCAAAACAACCAUGCUGCCAACAGACAUCAUCAACACUCAAGGCCAGCUUAUGCUUUCAAAGUCUUCUCCGUACAAAGCGGCGAUCGACCAACAGUUGAUUUCCAUGUUGGCGAGCGGACGUUUGGCUCGAGCACGCGCUACUUGGCUCGGCCAGUACUUUGAAGAGCCGUGUCCCAAGGAAACGACUCUUCCGCAGUUUGGCAUGGGGAGCGUCAUCCUCCCGUUCGCGAUUUUGGGAGGUGGAUUGGCGGUGGCUUUGGUUCUUCUAGCGGCGGAGUUUACGAUCAAGAAGUGGUUUGGCCGUCUGCUAAAUGAAGAGGAUGGGCCGACCGCUUUGCAGGAGAUUGCUCGCAGGAACGGAUUUCGCAUCUCUAAGCAUUGGAUGAAAGUGAAAAACAGCUUGCCUCUUGGACCAAAAAAUUGAAACUUAUAACUCUGACAAUGACCAAUAAAAUGGUUUCUGUAGCUUGUCAAAAUAUUCCAUUGGUUUCUAUUUUUAAAUGAAUUUAAUUAUUUAAAGUAAAAAAAAAAUUAAAAAGUUAAAGCAACGGCACGUAUGACAACGUCGAAUCAACUUUUUGUUUCGCGUGUACAUGCAGAUCCUGCUUGUCAUUUAUGCCUUUCUUGAUGUAAUUUAAUGAUUGUCUUUUCUUGAAUUUCAUGUUGUGAAUCAUGAAUAAUAAACAA